UCACCGCCGUCUGGUCUUCGUUCCCUCAGCUCACCUCCGCAGUGUUUGUUUACAGUCACGAACCUAUGCUCGCGUCGCGUCAGUCCGACUGCGCUCCCGAACGCACGCUACGCUAGCGAUUUCCGCAUACAGUGAAUUUCCUGCAAUCCACAGUGACUUCUAACAUGCAAUAAAACAGUUCUAAGUGCUCCGACAACGACGCCGAAAACAAUACACCUUCGAAUGCAGCGGCUGCGAUGGCCCGGUGACGCAGAACAUGAGAUGGAGAAGCUGGCGCGCCUGCUGUUCCUCGUGGUGCUGUGGGCUGUCUCGGUCACCGCGCAAUUACCGCCUGACAAUCGCUGCUACCUGGAUUCUGGAGGCUCGGGGGAGACUUUCUUUGUCAGUGAAGACGCACCUGUGGGCUCUCUCAUUGGAAUACUUCACAUUUUGGGUGAUCCAAGCCUUGGUGUGGGUAACAUAGAACUCCAUCUGCAAGAAAUUGAUAGUCCACUGAGGAUAGUCCCUGGGACAAAGAACCUGACGCUAACUCGCCGUCUUGACAAGGAAGGUGUGGAUGGACCAUCUUCAGUAUUUGUCAGUGUCAUAUGUGAACGCAAGAGGACUUCAGACCCUGGAUUCGUAAUUCCGGUGAACAUCAGAGUUACAGAUGUCAAUGAUAACACGCCUCAGUUCAUUAACGCACCUUACAUACUCAACAUAUCAGAGGUUACUGUUGUUGGCACAAGAGUCCUGCAGGGUGUAAAAGCAAUUGAUGCAGACCAGCAAGGCCCUUUCUCCACAGUCCAUUACUCAGUACUUCCAGGACCUCAUUCGGACUACUUUAUUUUUGUAAACCCUUUGGAAGGAACAUUGUUGCUGAGGCGUCCACUGGAUUAUGAGACACUGUCAAAUUUUACUCUCACAAUAAGGGCACAGGACCAGGGAUCGCCACCUCGAUAUUCAGAUGCUGUCAUCUAUGUGUAUGUGAUAGAUGCAGAUGAUCAGAAUCCAAAAUUUUUUGAUGAAAGAUACACUGCUGAACUGCCUAUUGUGCCAUUACAGGGAACACGCUUGAAGGUCCUGCCAAGAGAAAUUGCAGCAUAUGACCAGGAUGUUGGGAUCAAUGCACCUAUUUAUUACACUUUCAACUCUGCAACUCAGGAUUACAGAUUUUUUGAAAUUGACAGAAGUUCGGGUCGUGUAAUUUUGCAAAGAACCGUGCCUGACGAUGAGCUCCUGCAGCCUACAACUCUUGUUGUUAGGGCUACACAAUAUGACAACCCAGAUCGGUAUGCGUUAGCAACAUUGACAGUUUCAAGGCCUGGUGUUGUUGCUGGUGAUCUGAUGUUUAUUCAGAAGCAUUUCUCAGCUUCUGUGCUAGAAAAUGUUCCUCUAGGAAGUGUGUUACUUACUGCUGUUACCAAUAAACCACGUGAUAGGAGAGUACGAUUUUGGCUGGAAGAUCCCACUCACUCUGGCACAUUUAGCAUUACUCAGUCUGGAGAUUUGGUUCUAAGACGUGCACUUGACUAUGAAACACUUGACAACUAUCAACUGAAAGUUCAUGCUACUGAUGGUCGAACGAAUGACACUGCUCAACUUGAAGUCUCAGUUCUCAAUGUGAAUGAUUGGGACCCACGAUUUCGAUACCCACAAUAUGAGUUCUUUAUAUCGGACUUGGAUGUUCAGCCAGGAGAUGUAGUUGGCAUUGUAGAAGCUGCUGAUGGAGACAGAGGAGAUACAAUCACAUUGAGUCUGAAAGGACCAGAUGCCAGGGUGUUCAGCAUCAAUGACAGAGGAGAAAUAUCCAUUCAGGAUAUCUCAAAACUGAACAGUAGUUCAGCACAUUUUGUAGCAGUUGCGAGAGAUUCAGGAAUACCACCAAGAGAGGCAUCAGUUCCUGUUACAGUGUUCUUUCCUGAAGCCCUUGUGAGAGCACAAGGUGCAUGGUCUCCUGGAGGAACAGGCUUCCUCCUCAUGGCCAUAUUUGGAACACUCCUUGCACUUCUGGCCUUAAUUAUAUUUGCUUUAGUUUUGUACAUUUAUAAACAUAAACGUCGGAAAGCUGCUACAAAGGCUGCUGGGUACGCAGCCAGUGAAAUACAGCAUAAGAAGUUGCCACCUGGAUCAGCAGAUAAGGUGGAAAAUCCUGUUUUUGGUGACUCUGAAACUGCGACAGUGAGAGUUGGUGGUCGAUCUGCAACAAGUAAAGUAGCUCCAGCACCACCUACAGUUCCUUCACCACCAGUGCCUCCAUCUGACUCAGCUAGAGGUAUUGGGUGGCCAGCUGGAUCCAUUCCCAGGCGUGUCAAGAAAUUAAGUUGGGAUGAUGAAGCAGCAGCACCUCAAAUCCCCAAGACGGAGCUUGACCCGGAUGUAAGUGUAACCCCCAUUACAGGAGAGCAGGAUUCAGAACAAGCUAACCUCACAGUCUAUUUUUAGAAACCAAUGAUGAGAAACUGGUAAUUUAUAUAUGACAAUUGUUAAGUUUAUUCUGAGUCUAUAACCAUAAUAUGUACUUUGAGCUAUGAAAUGCUCCUAAGACUGAAAUAUAGAGAUAAAAAUGAAGUUGUAUCCCAGGCACUUGGAGUACUGACCUUGGAAUAAAAUUCUACAACCUCUUGGUGGUUCUAGUAAUGUAAGAAAUCUGAAUGCUUCAUCCAAAAUUAUAUCAGGUCCUCUAUAAACUGUAUGGAUUUGCUGUUUGGGGUGAUAUUUAUAGAGGCAUUAGAUCAUUAAAUGAUCUGAAAAGGAAAAGUGUUUAAUUAUUUUCUUAAUGUAUUUGUCUGUUAGUAAUUAUUGUAUGACAAAACUUGUAUUUCACCUGUAUGGAACUGUGAAAUACUGCAGACUGCAUAUCCUAUAGGGCCUUACUGUAAUUUAAUUUACAAGAUGUCUCUUGGAAACCUUGAAAAGAAUGUAAGUUGAAUGCCUUCAGUUCCUUAAUUAGUGGACAAUGAAUAUGCAUAGAGACACAGGUCAUAAAAUUAUUAAUUUCAGUAAAAUGAAUAACACUGUAUACGUUUUGUAAUGAUAUUUCACUAUAUGAAGCUCAGUUUGCUGUAACAACGAAAACUUUAACAAAGAAAUCAUAGUCUGUGAUACAUAUGCAGAUUGUACAUUAUGUAUUGUUCAGAAAUGAGAAAGAAUAUUAAUAUGCUUACAAAGCCACAACCUUAUAUGGAAUUCAAUUCAUGUGUUGUUUCUAAUUUGUUUUGUGAUAUAUGUCACUGUACAGUUUCCUACACCAUGAAUUAAUUAAUGUCUGUGUAGAGUUUGACAGUAUCAAAGUCAAAUGGCAUUUCUUGUGAUAAAAAAAUUGAUAUAAUGAGUUUUGUAAAGAUAAACCAAAGACAUGGAAAGCUGUUUGUUCCACAAAUUAAACUUUUACUUGAGUAAAUUACCAUUUCUACCUCAACUGUUAAGCAGAUUGUUAAAUUUUUUAAUUUUUUGUUGUUUAAAAUUGUUUAACAAAUAAUCUUUUUACGUUGGAAAAUGUAUUUGGCUUCACUCUUGUCAUACAUUCGAUUACCGUAAACAUUUAGAGAUAUUGUCUAAAACGUGUGUGUGUGUGUGUGUGUGUGUGUGUGUGUGUGUGUGUGUGAUAUCAUUACUGUGGACCAUAAAUAACUACAAAUAUCAUGAGACUAUUAAUAUUAUUGCAGAGCCACAGGUCAGUAAUUUGCAGAAAGUACAUAUGAUGCAAAACUACUGUGGUAUUGGAUGUACAUAACCACCUCUUAUCUUCAAAUAACUGUAAAUUAUACAUGUAAAAAUUGUACCAUAACUUACUUGAAAGAUGAAAUAUA